UCCUUCUCUCUGUUUCUUUUUAUUUUUUAAUUUUUUUCUGCUUAUUUUCAGCUAAGAAUUUAGUUCUCUUUCCAACUUGAAACUUUUCAAACAGCUUAACCGACAAAACCAAACCAAACCAAAGCUCCACGUAAGGGAAACAAAAUUCCAAUCCAACGAGAGCCGUUUUUAAGUUCCCUUUCUUCUCUUAGGAUCUGAGAAAUUAUCAUGGCUCGUUAAAUUGGAUAGCUCAUAUAAAAGAAAAAGAAAGAAGAAAGAGAGUGGUAUUGGAUUUGUUUUUUUUCUUUGGGUUUCAUUUUCGUGAAGUAUUAAUCUCUCUCUGUGAUGGGCAACUGCUUAUUUUCUUCUACUAGAGUCGAUUCCAGCCAAAGCCCCCAUGCAACUUCUGCAUCAGGUGGCUCAAGAAUUUCCAGCAAAACCAGUCGUUCUUCAGCUCCUUCAAGCCUGACAAUCCCAUCUUUCAGUGAUACAAGCAGUUCUGGAUGUCUUCCUACACCAAGGACUGAAGGAGAAAUAUUGUCAUCCCCCAAUUUGAAACCUUUCUCCUUCAAUGAGUUGAAGAAUGCCACCAGAAACUUUCGUCCUGACAGUCUUCUUGGUGAAGGUGGUUUUGGUUAUGUUUUUAAAGGAUGGAUUGAUGAACACACAUUAUCUGCUGCAAAGCCGGGAUCAGGAAUGGUUGUUGCUGUCAAGAAGCUUAAACCUGAAGGGUUUCAAGGCCACAAAGAGUGGUUGACGGAAGUUGAUUAUCUUGGCCAACUUCAUCAUCCAAAUCUGGUUAAGUUGAUUGGAUAUUGCUUGGAGGGUGAGAACCGACUUUUGGUCUAUGAGUUCAUGCCUAAAGGAAGCUUAGAGAAUCAUCUUUUUAGAAGAGGGCCACAGCCACUUUCUUGGGCAGUAAGGCUUAAGGUUGCCAUAGGUGCUGCUAGAGGGCUUUCUUUCCUUCAUGAUUUAAAAUCCCAAGUCAUAUAUCGCGAUUUCAAAGCUUCUAAUAUUCUACUAGAUGCGGAAUUCAAUGCUAAACUUUCUGAUUUUGGAUUGGCCAAGGCAGGGCCUACCGGUGAUAGGACUCAUGUGUCGACUCAGGUCAUGGGUACUCAUGGCUAUGCAGCCCCUGAAUAUGUUGCUACAGGUCGAUUGACUGCUAAGAGUGAUGUAUACAGCUUUGGAGUUGUGCUGCUUGAACUAUUGUCUGGACGACGUGCUGUUGAUAAAACAAAAGUUGGUGUGGAGCAGAAUCUAGUAGACUGGGCAAAACCAUAUUUGGGUGACAAAAGAAAAUUAUUUCGAAUUAUGGACACUAAGUUGGGGGGCCAGUACCCCCAGAAAGGUGCUUAUACAGCUGCUACCCUUGCUUUACAGUGUCUAAGUAGUGAAGCUAAACUCAGGCCUCGAAUGUCAGAGGUUUUGGCGGCACUGGAGCAGCUUGAAGCCCCUAAAAAUGUAUCCAAACACUCUCAUUCAGAACAGCAGCCUGUUCCACAUCCUGUUCGGAAAUCUCCAAUGAGACGUCAUCGUUCUCCUAUGAAUCUUACACCCAUUGCAUCUCCAUUACCGGCUCAUAGGCAAUCUCCACGAGUAUAUUGAUUCCAUCUGUAAAUUUCCUAUGUGUAUGUAUAUUUUUUUUGUUGCUGAUAAAAAUGUAAUUUUGAGCUUGCUUUUUUGAUGCAAUUUUUGCAUUUCAUAUAACACCACCUCCUUUUGUUUCGUGAGGAUUAGAGUUUCUCAUUGUGGUAGUCAGCUUCUUUCAUUAUUGUAUCAGUACCUUCCUUUCAGUGAUGCAUAUUAAUCUAAACCUUAUUCCAUUC